CUGUUUGAGUAAGGGCUCAGUGUCCGUGAGUGGGAGGUUUUGUCUGAGUAACUAUUUAAGUUUUCUACGUUUCUCUGCCUGGAUUUAAACAACUUAUUGAGCUGUUUAAGGGGGUAGUUUAAUUUUUCAACCCUUAGCUCAGUAGGAAACAAAACAUCUUAUUCAAAAUCUGCAAAUCUGACUUUUGUCGUCAACAAACAAUGAGACUGCUGCUGCUCUGUUUUCUCCUGACAGUCGACCUGGCCUUUGGUCGACGCAGUCCUCUGAAUGACUACCAGCGCUCUGAGGGCCGAGAGCUGGUCCCCACCUCCUGGAACUCGGCUCGGGUUCAGCUCUUACCAGAUCUGAACCUGGAGGAAUGCGCCAGCUUCUGUUCACUGUCUCUUGACUGCAGAGCAUUCAACUACGAGACCCGCCCAACAGUCACCUGUAAACACCUGCCCUGGGUGGGCGACGGUAACAAUGCAGAGGUGAAGAGAAACGUUAACUGUGACCUUUAUGAAAAGAAAGUUUAUGUCAGGAAGUGCAUUGUGGGUAGAGGAGAGGACUACAGAGGGAAAGUGUUCACCACAAGAAGCGGGCUCACCUGCCAGCAGUGGUGGUCCAAGUUUCCUCACGAUCACAGGUGGACUCCGACAGCUUCUAAUGGUCUGGAGUUAAACUACUGCAGGAAUCCAGAUGGAGAUCGCAUCGGCCCGUGGUGUUACACCACAGACAACGAGAGACGAUACGAGAGCUGCAACAUUCCCCAGUGUAAAGAUGAGGUGUGUAUCACAUGUAACGGGGAGGACUACAGAGGGCAGGUGGACCACACAGUGAGCGGCAGAGAGUGUCAGAGAUGGGACCAGCAGUCCCCACACCAGCACAUCUACCAGCCUGAGAAAUAUCCUGAUAAAAGUCUGGAUGAUAACUACUGCCGUAACCCAGAUGCGUCUCCGGUGCCGUGGUGUUACACCACAGACCCCGAGGUGGAGAGAGAGAGCUGUGACAUCAGCAAAUGCACUGAGGUGCGGGUGGAGAAACGUCAGCGCUCCAGCUUCACCACCAACUGUUUCCGUGGCCGUGGAGAGGAUUAUCGAGGUAAAGUCAACGAGACAACAUCGGGUAUCCCCUGUCAGUUGUGGGAUGCACAAUACCCACACGAGCAUCCCUUCUACCCAAACACCUAUGAAUGCAAAGGUCUGGAGGAGAACUACUGUCGUAACCCAGAUGGGUCGGAGGCUCCCUGGUGUUUCACAUCUGUGCCUGAGAUGAGGACGGCUCUCUGCUUACAGAUCAAACGCUGUGCAGACGACAUCGAGGCUGAGGAUUGCUACCAUGAAAAUGGAAGAAACUAUCGAGGCAUGGUCCGCAAAACUCGUAAGGGAAUUACCUGCCAGAUGUGGAAUGUAAACACACCUCACAGGACAAGGAUUAACUCAUGGACGCACCCUGAGGCCAAUCUGACAGAGAAUUACUGCCGUAAUCCAGAUGGAGAUCAGCAUGGACCCUGGUGCUACACCACCGACCCUAAAACCGAGUUUGACUACUGUGCUAUCAAACAAUGCGCUGGAGAGAGAGUGUCCAUAACUGAACCAGUAGAGAAGGUAGAGUUCAGCGAGUGUGGGAAGCGAGAUGAUCGUGCCCAGAGGCCAUUAUUGAGAAUUGUAAAUGGCAUUCCCGGUAACUCACCGUGGACAGUGAGUCUCAGAGACAGGAAAGGAAACCAUUUCUGUGGAGGAUCACUGAUAAACCCCAGAUGGGUGAUCAGCACCAAGCAGUGUUUCUCCUCCUGCUAUGUGGAUCUGCCGGGGUACACCGCUAUGAUGGGUACACUGUUUCGUGAUCCACGAGAAGGAGAGCCCGGCGUGCAAACCAUCCCUCUCACCAAGAUUGUGUGUGGACCCUCAGAGUCUCAGCUUGUCAUGCUGCAACUUGAAUACCCAGCCCAGUUUAAUGAGCGUGUGUCUCAGAUCUGUCUCCCUCCUGAGCGCUACAUCGUGGCUGAGGGGACGUCCUGUGAGAUCGCAGGAUGGGGCGAGACCAGAGGGACUGGAGAUGAGACUGUCCUCAAUGUGGCUCACAUACCUGUUAUCAGCAACAGGGAAUGCAACAGAUACUUCAGAGGGCGUGUUCGUGAGAAUGAGAUGUGCACUGGCUCCUUCCAGGGUGGGGUUGGUGCAUGUGAGAGAGACUACGGCGGCCCUCUGGCCUGUCAGAACAGAGACUGCUGGGUACUUGAAGGCGUGAUCAUCCCCAUGAGGCGCUGCGGACACCCGGGUCAGCCCAACAUCUUCAUCCGUGUGUCCGUCUACGUGGACUGGAUCAAGAAAGUCAUGGAGAUGGCUUAGAGGCGGAGUAUGCCAUCAAACAGGGACUGAUCAGAUGUGUUCUUAUAGCCCUCAAGACCAGUUAUCCUCUUAAUUAUGUACUUUUUUUGUCUCCUCCAUUGUCUCUUUUACAUUAAAAAUAUUAAUAAUACAUCAUAGUAGAUACCAGAUUUUAAUAUAUGGUUUACAACAUUUCAAUUUCUAAAAGACUCAGCCAUGGAGAAGAGGCACAGAUGGAACCUCAGUUUCUUACUAGAUGUUGUCUUUAAUUUGCUUUUACAUUCAGUAAUUUACAGGCAAGAGGCAGCAACUUUGAGUGCAUCAGUAUUUUUUUAGUACUUGCAAAAAUCACUAAACAGAAUAAGUACUUCAUAUUUAUGUGUUAAAACAUAGAUGUGCUGAGCUGCAAAACAAAAGAUUUAUCUUUUAAGUGUAAAUAAAGAUCUACAAAUGUGUAGCCAGAAUUCUACGGAAGCCCUAAGCAGACAUCCAUCCAUACAUUUGGUUAUACAUUGUUUUCAAGCAAAAAUUUGUUAUUUUUUGUGUCCUUGAGAUCUCAAUUUAGUCUGGCUUUUUUGGGAUAACAGUGCUGGAAAGAGUUAUCACUGGAACAGUUUUUGUUAAAUUAAAUAAAGUGUUAGAAAUAUUCUCCAAUUUAGCUUUUACAAGCUAUGUGCAAACAAUUAAUAAAUAGUGCAUUUUACACUUUAUCCCAGUUAUCAACAGAUUACAGGAUAUUUCAUGUCUUCAAAAAUGUAGUUUUUGAAAGCAAAUAAAUUAUGAUGUUUGACAUACAGUACUUUUUACAACUAAGAUUCAAUAAACUUUUAUUCUUAAUGUUUACAAAGUGCAUCUUCCUGAAUCUGAACGACAGAUUUCAGUUGAAUUUGCGUACUUCUGCAUUUGACUACAUUAUUAACCAUUUAUUAGAUGCUAAUGGAUCAAUGAGGCUUCAUUCAAUAUAGCCGCACCACCUGACAUUUGCAACUAACUUCAAACUACACAGGCAACUACUUCUACAGAAGUUGUGACUUUUAUUCUUGUUAGAAAGUAACUAUAUAAAUUUAUGAAUUAAAGAAACCGUUUAGGUAAAAUAAAAAUUAGCUGUUUUAAACCUUAGCUGUACCACCUGACAUACAAAAAUUCAAUAAUCAGAAUAAGGAGUUCACAUUUAUAUUUGAAAAACAAUCACACGCUGCAACAAAAGACAUUUAUCUUUAAAGUGUAAAUAAAGAUAUACAAAUAUGUAGACAGAAUUUUAUGGAAGCCCUAAGCAGACAUGCAUCUAAAAAUUUAGUUUUACACUUUUUCCAGCAAAGAUACAUCAGUUGUGUUUAUUUCCUAGGAACAGUUAGAACGGUUUUUAUAAAAUAAGAUAAAGGGUUAAACCUCUUCUCCAAUUUAGCCUUUACAAGCUGUACACAAAUAUUUAAUCAAUAGUGCAUAUCAUUGCAGUUAUCAGCAGAUUACAGGAUAUUUUUACAUCUUCAAAAAUGUUGUAUUUGUCAAAUAAAAUAUGAUGUAUGAGAGACAUACAAUACAAAUAAAUGAUAAAUUAUG